AUGAAGGGAAAAAAUGCAAGUUCUGAAGGCUACUUUGUUCUACUGGGUUUUUCUAAUUGGCCUCAUCUGGAAGUAGUUCUUUUUGCAUUUAUUUUGAUGUUCUGCAUAAUGACAUUGUUAGGCAACCUGUUCGUCACUGUGUUGUCAUAUCUGGACUCCCAUCUCCACACUCCCAUAUGCUUCUUCCAUUCAAAACUCUCUUUUCUGGAUCUCUGCAACACCACCAGCUCCAUCCCUCAGUUGCUGGUCAAACUCUGGGGCCAAGAGAAGACCAUCUCUUAUAACGGUUGCAUGAUUCAACUUUACUUUGUCUUUGCACUGGAAAGUACAGAACGUGUCCUAGGGGUGGUGAUGCCCUAUGACCGUUAUGCAGCUGUAUGUAGACCCUUGUGUUACACUGUCCUCAUGCACCCUCAUUGCCAUUUGUUGGCCAUGGCUUGCUGGGUAGGUGGCUUUAUCAACUCAGCACUUCAUUCCUCCUUUACCUUCUGGGUACCUCUGUGUGGAUAUCACCAAGUGGACCACUUCUUCUGUGAAGUUCCAGCAUUGCUGCAACUUUCAUGUGCUGAUACCCAUGCUAAUGAGAUGAUUCUCAUUUUCCCAAGCUCUAUUUUUGUUCUUAUACCUUGUGUCCUCAUUCUCAGGUCCUAUGGUGCUGUUGCCCAGGCGGUGCUGAGGAGACAGUCAGCAACUGCACUUCAGAAAAUCUUUGGGACUUGUGGAGCCCAUCUUAUGGUUGUUUCCCUCUUUUUCAUUCCAGCCAUGUGAAUAUAUCUCCAGACACCAUCAGGAAAUUCUCAAAGUAGAGUGAAGUUCAUUGCCCUGUUUUAUACUGUUGUCAUACCUAGACUCAACCCUCUAAUCUACACUGUCAUAAAUAAAGAUGUAAGACGGGCUGUAAAGAGACUAAUGGGAUAA